AUUAGAUUCUUACUAGUCUUAACAAAAGGUUGUAUUUAAAGUUAACACUACAUGCGUCGCGUUUAUACACUUCUACUCGGUUCCUACAAGACCUAGCGUGAUGAUACAUAUAUCAAAAUCUUCCUCUUUAAACAAGCUAUCAUAUACAAAAAGAAUUUUCAAAAUCAAACCAUUCGUUUUGGAGAUAAUCGCGUCUAAAUAAACAAAACAAAAAAUGAUUCUCAAAAUAAUUUUCUUUUUAUUUCUUCUUUGUAAAUGUGGUUUGGCUGAUGAUAACAUGGAGUUUAUGGAUAGUCCUGAAGGUCUGCCAGGGUCGAAGUGCAUCAGGGAUGGCGUGGAAGGUGUCUGCACCAGCAUCUACACCUGCCUCACUGCCGUCCAGGAUGUCAAGGAUAAGAAGUAUCCUCCAUUAUGCAGAUACCAAGGGGAAACACCAAUUAUUUGCUGCACAGACUGUGAACUUGUCAACGAUACGAGAAACAUGUAUAUUAGUCAGACCAGUGGCAAAUGGUAUUUUCGAACCGGACAGAAAGCCAGAGACAAAUGCCUGGAUUACAUGCAGGAGUUGGAACCUUGUGGUGACCACUUCACCGCCACGAUAGCCAAGGACUUGGAUCCCGAGAGGAACUGCUAUGUACCACGCCCAACUGCUGUAGGAGUGGUUGGUGGAAACGACGCGGAACGAAACGAAUUUCCUCACAUGGCUUUACUAGGCUACGGGUUCGACGAAGAUUCAGCUCAGUGGAUCUGCGCUGGGUCUCUGAUCAGCGAAAACUUCAUCCUGACCGCUGGCCACUGUAUCUCCAGCCCUUCUCUAGGUCAGGUGAAGUAUGUAGCUUUAGGAAUCCUGAAGCGGACUGAUCCUUCAGAUCUUUGGCAGAAGUACCAUGUAAAGAGGAUCAUCGCGCACCCUGGAUAUAAGCCCCCAUCUAAAUACAAUGAUAUUGCGUUACUCGAGAGUCAAACCCGGGUUACCUUCUCCGAGGGAGUGAGACCAGCCUGCUUACACUUCGAGGAGGUGGCAAACGACAACAAGGCUGUAGCCACCGGCUGGGGAGCCCUGGGGCGCCGGAGAGAAUUAGCUGACACACUGCAAUCCGUAUACCUUGAGGAGUUUCCAGAAGAAGAGUGUACUAAGCUGUACCCUCAACACAGGCUGCUGAGACGAGGAUUCGACUACAGCACACAGAUGUGUUAUGGACAUCAUGGUGAAGUCAGGGAUACUUGCGAGGGUGACAGCGGUGGUCCUCUUCAGAACAGGUACCACAUAUCAUCCUGCCAGUAUACGGUGAUCGGCAUCACAUCCACUGGAAGACAGUGUGGGAUCCUCGGCAGUACUGGGUUGUAUACCAGGGUGUAUACGUAUUUGCACUGGAUCGAGUCUGUUGUUUGGCCUUAGAUUAAUUAAACAGUUUUGAUAUUUU